GAAUUUUCCAGUGGUGGAAGCAAGUUGGUCAAUGUUGCAUAAUGAAAGGCCUUACUUAUGCAAUUUCUUAGGAACCGUUUAUGAAAAUUCCUCCAGACAAGCACUAAUGAACAUUUUGAAACAAGAUGGGAAUGAUAAGCUUUGUUGGGUUUCAGCAAGAGAACAGUGGCAGCCUCAGGAAACAAAUGAAAGCCUUAAGAAUUAUCAACAUGCUUUGCUACAGAGUGAUCCCACAUUGUGCCCAGUGGGAGUAAGCACAGGAUGUUAUAGGAUAUACGAGGCCUGCUCCCAUGGCUCAGUUCCUGUGGUAGAAGGUGUAAUGCCAGCUGCCAGCUGUGGAAAUGCAUCUGGUUACCAUAUUGCUCCUCUGCAGUUACUCAAGUCCACGGACGUGCCCUUUAUCUUUAUUAAGAACUGGAAGGAACUUCCUGCUGUUCUAGAAAAAGAGAAAACUAUAAUUUUACAAGAAAAGAUUCAAAGAAGAAAAAUGUUACUUCACCGGUACCAACAAUUCAAAACAUAG